AUUCGCCUUCUUGAUGCGCUAAACUGAGCGACACCCGUUCGAUGAGCGAUGCAACCUCCGCGACGACCUCAUGGUCAGGAUUGAUAUUGUGGGUCCCCUUCAGCGCAGUCAUGGGUCCAAGGGUCAGAGUCAGAAGAGAGGAAGUGCACUUCCUCACGCUUCCAAAUCUUUCGACGCUUUCGAAGACUCCCGCCCUCAGAGCUGGCACCGGUACCGGCGCUGGUAUCUUCGCACUUGCACACCACGUCCCCCGCUCCCGCAGAUCGACGUACUUGGGCGCACCGCAAAGCUCAGCAGAAGGAGCCUUAAAACAAGAUCAAGGCCCAAAUGGACAGCUGGGACGACUUUGUGGCUGUUGUUGAUGGUCCUGACUCGCUUCAAGCCUGCCUCCGAGACCUCAAGACAGCAGCUUUUGUCUCAUUAGCGCUGAAAGGAAGGAUGCUCAGUCGCCACGGAACAAUCUCCGUACUAUCGAUCCGAGCGGGCGGCAAUAUGUACCUCGUCGAUGUGCAUCUUCUGCAAGUCGCCGCUUUCACCACAUCGGCAGGAAGAGUCUCUUUAAAGGGUAUCCUAGAAAGUACUAGCGUGAAGAAGGCUGUGUACGACGUGCGGAAUGCCGCAAAUGCACUUUUCUUUCUCUUCGACGUUCGGCUGCGGAACGUGGUCGAGGUUCAGGUUUACCAUCUUGUCUCUCGGUCCCCGAACCAGAGGAAAUUCUGGUGGAGUCUUGACAAGGCGAUCGCACAUAGCGGUGUGCUGGACAGUCACACGCUCGCGGACUUCAAGGAUGCGCGAACGACUUUUGCACAAGAGUAUGUGACAGCGCGCGGCGGCGACGAAUAUCUGCUGGAGCAGAGGCCCUUCUCAAAUUCGUUGAUCGCCUACUGCGCCCUCGACGUAUUCUUUCUGGGUCAGCUUUAUGAUGUCUGUCGGGCUCUCGUCACCUCUGAAUGGAUCGAUCGCGUACAGCAACUCACAGCUGUACGACUAGCUGAGAGCAUGCAAUGGUCAUACACACCUUGGAGCGAGGACAAGAAAUUUGCUCCAAUGCAAUGGCAGCUCGAUGAUCGAUCUUGCCCUCGGCUGGUAGCCGGCCGCAAGACCUCCACGAUGUCCGCAUCGCGCGGUGGUAACCGACAGCGACCGGCAGAACGAGCCAGUGCACAGUCAUAGCUGCUAAUCAAGCUUCCUAUCUUGCGCAGAGGAUUUCCUCUCCUGAAAUUAAUCGACAUCACUUGGG